AUGAAGCUAAUUAUUGAAGAAAAUAGCGACAAAGUAGCUGAAUUUGCAGCACUCUAUGUUAGAAACAAAAUAGUUGAAUUCAAUCCAGGCCCAGAAAAAUAUUUCAUUCUUGGCCUCCCAACCGGAGGUACACCUCUUGGUAUGUAUAAAAAAUUAAUUGAAAUUUACAAGCAGGGGAAAGUGUCUUUCAAAUACGUCAAAACGUUCAAUAUGGAUGAGUAUGUUGGCUUACCGCGCGAUCACCCUGAGAGUUACCACUCAUUCAUGUUUAACAACUUUUUUCGUCAUAUUGACAUUGAGCCAAGUAAUGUCCAUAUACUGGAUGGAAAUGCAAAGGACCUCAAAUUCGAAUGCGAUGAAUUCGAAAGGAAAAUAAAAGAAGCGGGAGGCAUCGAUUUAUUUGUCGGAGGAAUAGGACCUGAUGGCCAUAUUGCAUUCAACGAACCUGGAAGUAGUCUUACGUCAAGAACGAGAAUCAAGACGUUAGCUCAGGAGACUAUUCAGGCUAAUGCUCGAUUCUUUUCCAAUGAUGUAAAACAAGUGCCCACUCAGGCUCUAACUGUUGGAGUUGGGACUGUUAUGGAUGCACGUGAGGUAAUGAUUCUAAUUACUGGUGCGCAUAAAGCAUUUGCCCUUUACAAAGCUAUAGAAGAAGGAGUUUCUCAUAUGUGGACCGUUUCUGCAUUUCAAAUGCACCCACGUGUUAUAUUCUUGGCUGAUGAAGAUGCAACAUUAGAACUAAAGGUUAAAACUGUUAAAUACUUCAAAGGUCUUAUGGGACAUCAUCAAAAACUAAUCCAGGAUCCCAUUUUGUAA